AAAUAGAGACAAAGAGAGAGGGGUGAGCCAAUCUCUCCGUUCUCCCUUGUGAUAUAGUGAGAGGAGAAAGAGGCAAAAACGAAAGGGUGCUACUGAGUAAGAGAGGGGGAGAUGAAAGUAGGACUGUUUCAAGUAUGUAAUAAAGGCAGCAGUGAACGAGUGAAGGGGUAGCAGUGAGAGGUAGUAUAGCCAGUACAUCAGCCCCACUACCACCAUCGCCUAAGCUUAUGUAGCAGCAACGAUAUAAACGAUACGCGCGCGCACGCAUCCAUCCACCGCCACUACCACCUUCGUCCAUGUAGUACAAGGCGUACAGAUAAGCGCGAGCGCGACAUCGCCCGCCACCGCUGUCGUCUCCGCCGCCAUCUCCUUGCUAAGUGUAGCAGUGGGCAACAACAGCAGUAGUAGUAGUAGUGGUAUUAACAUUAAUAUUACUACGCUACUGCCGCCGCCGCCGCUGCUACUACCACCACUAGAAGAAGUAAGCAGGCAUACAGCAGUACAAUAUCUAGAGCCGCCACUAUAAGCAGCAAUAGCAGAGAGCGCCGUGUACAGCAGCCGACCAGCUGCCACCACCAUCACCACCACUAACUCCUACCUCCACCACAAUUCGUCACCACCACCGCCAUCAUCAUUUUGGUACAGUCCAUUACUACAUCACCGCCGCCACUACCGUUUGCACACCACAGUAUUGCUUGCUUACACCGCCACCAUCACAAGAAAAACCCGCCAGCUCCUUCUUCAUCAAGCGCCAAUUUUCUCUUCAUAACAGCCAGUGUAUAUCGACAGGAUUUUUUUUAAACAGCGACACAGGAAGGAAAAAAAGACGAAACCAAAACUAGGAGAAAUUUACAAAAGAAAAAAAACAGAGAAAAGAGAAUUUGAAUUACGCAAAAAAAAAAUAUAUAUUAUUAUAUAUAUAUAAAGGAUUAAAUAUAUUAAGUUCAAGCUUAAAAAAAAAGUUAUCGAAAAUCACUUCAAUUUUAUGAAAAAUAUGUAAUAAAUGUUUCACCAUUCGAAAUGCGCCAUAGUUUUUUUGGUUGCUUGCCAGCUACAAGAAACAUUGGAGGAAUGAAUGAAUACUCAAUCACUUUAAAAAAAAAUCAAGUGAGUAAAAUUAAUUCCAUUAAGUUGUUUUAAAAUAAAAAAAAAACUAAUAAUCUGAAGUGAAAAAACGCCACACAAGAGUUUUUCUCCGUCGGUCACAUUAUCUUGGUCGUUGGUUGGAUAUACUCACUCUUCUCCAUCUCUCUCACUCACUCCCUCACUCAGGCAUUAACCACCCUCACUCACUUAGGUAAGUGACUCUCUCUCUCUCUAUAUAUAUAUAUAUUAUUACUUCAACCGGCCGUCCACCGCUCACUUGCUCUGUCGGCGGGACCGAAAAAGGUAAGGGAGAGCGCAGGCGCAUAACUACUAGUGAAGCAUCUUCGUUAACGUCCGGAGAUUAACGGAAGUUACCGAAAGUUAAAAUAAGAGCAUCCGGGUAGUUGCGGAAGUUCUCGAGUCUGGACGAAUUGUUCCGGAAGUUUCCGAAAUUUGACGGCAUCUAUUUCCUUCUUGAGAAGGGAGAUAAGUAAUAUUGUGAGGAAGUUAAACCGCCACCAAAGCAAGGAACAAUGAACACUUACAGUUACACGGAAAUGGCGCGGAUGAAUGUUGUGGAACCUCCGCGGCGGAAAAAGCGCUUGCAAGACGCUAAUAAGCCAAAGAGAUCCACAUCGGCGUAUUUCUAUUUUAUGGCCAGUUGCAGGGAGCAGGCGGCAAGAGCUGGGACCCAAAUUACCAAAGUUACGGAGUUUACCAAAGAAUGCUCUGCAAGAUGGAGGAAUUUUACAGCUAUGGAAAAAAAACCAUUCGAAGAAAAAGCCGCUCUGGACAAGGCACGAUAUGACCGCGAAAUGGCUCAGUACAAAGGCAAAGAUAUGGUCGAUCCGAACAAGCCAAAACGGCCGCAGACUUCGUAUUUUCUAUUCUUGGCCGAGUUCCGGAAAAUGAUGCAGGGUAAACUUGACCACAAAGACAUUCUGCGGAAGGCAGGGGAGCAGUGGCGAAACAUGACGGACGAACAAAAGAAACCCUUUGAGAUAAAAAGUCAGGAAGAAGCCAAGAAAUAUGAAAUCGCUAUGGCCGAGUACCGAAAGCGACAAGGGGGUGUUGUGAUGCUUGACGGCGGUCCCGAGGAAAAAAGAACAAAGAUAGAAGCUGGCGUGGUUGGGUAUGGGGAAGAUGUCGAGGAGGAAGAGAUGGACGACGAAGAUGAUGAAGAGGGAGAUGAAGAAGAUGACGAAUGAAGGAAGAAGAGAGAGACUUGAGAGAUAUUAACACUCACAUAAAAAAAAGGCGGGGGGUAUAAAAAAAAUAAUUCCUUUUUCUUUCUCGAAUUCAUUUGGUAAAAAAAAAAAAAAAA